AGUCACAUUCUUGGAGUAUGGAGCCACUUUAACAAAAGUGUGGACGCACCGCUCAACUCUUUAGCUCGUGCAUGAGAUAAUCAGCACAUGCGAGCUCGUUCAACCUCCCGGGUGAGCACCGAGCGAGAAGCCCUGGGACGCUUUCUCCUCGGGAUUUGUGCGGCUCGGCUCGGGAGUUGGGGGGAACCGUAAAACAUCCCCGUCCGAAAGGGGAACGAGGAGAGGGAGACGCGAGACAGGGAGGACACGAGCGGAAGGGAGGCGGAAAUCACUGAAAAGCAAAGCUGUGUACACACGUAACGCUAUUUUUGGGCGUGCGUAAAGGCGCAAAACAAAGUAACGUUAACCGGAUAAAUGUAAACAUUGAUAUGUAUUUUCCCCUGGACAUGUUUCCGCUCCGGGAGAACGUUGUUUAGACUGUGUUGUGGGAAGAGGGUGAUCCUGGCGCUGUAGAAAGACUGCUCUGUGUAUUAUCUCCUCUUCAUUGUUUGCGCUGGAAAUUACGGGAAGUUCUGGUUUUCUACGUUUAACUUUAGAGGAAACGUAAAAUGCAAAUGCGGUAGGUGACUCCAGGCUUUGGUUCAUCAACUAAACAGACUUGAAACGCCGUUUUCCACCCCUCCACAUUGUAUAGCUGGGCUGUGCUGGUCCACCGAAAUGUGAGACAGCAGUGGAGUCGACACUUGACAAACCGCUACAUCCAGCUGUUAUAUUAGCCACAAUUGUAACCCUUCAUUCACGCCUUUUGGAUAUGCUAAAGAAAGUUUUUAAGAAUGAAGAGAAGAAAAUUCCCAUAGUCCGUCUCUGCUUUCAGGUUACAUCGCUGCCGUCUGCUGAACGGGAUCUGUUGAAACGGUGUUAUUAUUUUAGUCUUAUUAUUCACGCCUUCAUCAUUUCCAUGUUGUGAAGACAGCGGAGCUGCCAUGCGCCCAGGAUGGGGAUUUAGUGUGGUGACCUACUGCGAUUAACUUACAGUUGUGAAAUUGCCUGAUCAUCUUGCUGAUAGUGAAUGAUUAAGAGCCCCGGCGCGGGUAGGGAACCGACAGUAGUGCCUGCGUGCGCGCCGUGAGCCACCGCUUUCAGCCCGCUGUGUGAACCAGUUCGUGGACUCGGUGACUUUGUGAGGAGAGUCUCGGGAGCCGAUAUGGAGGAGUGGAGACAAUGCGGGCGGUGGUUGAUAGACUGCAAGGUCCUGCCCCCGAACCACCGGGUCGUGUGGCCCUCGGCGGCCGUCUUCGACCUGGCACAGGCCCUGCGAGACGGGGUGCUCUUGUGCCAGAUGUUGCACAACCUCUCGCCGGGAUCAGUGGACCUGAAGGAGAUAAAUUUCAGACCCCAGAUGUCACAGUUCCUGUGUUUGAAGAACAUCCGGACGUUUCUCAAGGUGUGCCACGACAAGUUUGGCCUGCGCAACAGUGAGCUGUUUGACCCUUUUGACCUCUUUGACGUCAGGGAUUUUGGCAAGGUAAUCUCCGCUCUGUCAAGGAUCUCCCACCACAGCAUUGCACAAAUCAAAGGCAUCAGGCCCUUUCCAUCAGAGGACACAGCUCUGAAUGAGGAUGAUGUGUACCGGAGCCUUGAAGAGCUGGCAGAUGAGCAUGACGUGGGUGAGGAUGACAUCUACGACUGUGUGCCGUGUGACGACGAUGGGGAUGACAUCUAUGAGGACAUCAUUAAGGUGGAAGUACGACAACCCAUGAAAAUGGGUAUGACAGAAGAUGACAAGAGAAAUUGCUGCUUAGUGGAGAUCCAGGAGACUGAAGCGAAGUACUACAAGACUUUGGAGGAUAUUGAGAAGAAUUACAUGAUCCCAUUGAAGCAAGUCUUGAGUCCACAGGACAUGGAGGCGAUCUUUGUCAAUCUUGAGGAUGUAAUCAGAGUCCACUUUGCCCUCCUGCGAGCCAUUGACCUGAACAUGGUCAGUGGAGGAAGUGGGCUGGGGAAGAUCUUCCUCGACUUCAAGGAAAGGUUGUUGAUCUAUGGUCAGUACUGCAGCCAUAUGGAGAACGCCCAGAAGACACUGGAUGAGUUGAUAGCAACACGAGAGGACAUCAAGAUUAAAGUAGAGGAAUGCACUAUGAAAGUGCAGGAAGGGAAGUUCAAGCUGCAGGAUCUGCUGGUGGUUCCCAUGCAGAGGGUGCUGAAGUAUCAUCUACUACUGAAGGAACUUUUAAGUCACUCAGCUGACCGACCAGAGAGACAACAACUCAAGGAGGCUCUGGAGGCUAUGCAGGACCUGGCCAUGUACAUCAAUGAAGUCAAGAGGGACAAUGAGACGCUGAAGAAAAUCAGCGAAUUCCAAAGUUCAAUAGAAAAUCUUCAGGUGAAACUGGAGGAGUACGGGAGGCCCAAGAUAGACGGAGAGCUGAAGGUGUGCUCCAUCAUCAACCGCACAAAACAGGACCGGUAUAUAUUCCUGUUCGAUAAAGUGGUCAUUGUCUGCAAGAGGAAAGGCUAUAGCUAUGAGCUCAAAGAGAUUAUUGAACUGCAGUCCUAUAAAAUGUCGGACGAUCCAAUGAACAACAGAGACAUGAAAAAGUCAAGUGGAAAAAUGUGGUCUUAUGGUUUCUACCUGAUCCACCUGCAAGGGAAGCAGGGCUUCCAGUUCUUUUGUAAAACUGAGGAGACCAAGAGGAAGUGGAUGGAGCAGUUUGACAUGGCCAUGUCCAACAUCAAGCCAGAGAGAGCCACAGCCAAUCAGCAUAACUUCCAGAUGCACACGUUUGAUAAGAACACCAACUGUCGAGCUUGUAAGAUGCUCCUGAGGGGCAUCUUCUAUCAGGGCUACUACUGCGCACGCUGUGGAACAGGAGCACACAAAGAGUGUCUGGAAGUCAUCACCAUCUGCAAAAUCAAUCCUCAUGACUUGGAACCUGGAAUAUCAUCAGGUCCCAAGAUGGUGGCAGUGAGGAACUACCAUGGCACACCAGCACCUCCGGGAAAGACACCGCUCUCUUUUCAAACAGGAGAUUUUAUCGAGCUGCUGAAAGGAGAUCCUGACACCCCGUGGUGGGAGGGAAAGCUGAUACAAACACAAAAGAGUGGCUUCUUCCCCAGUUCAUGUGUAAAGCCUUAUCUGGACCCAAAGCCCUUCCAGUCAUUAUCGAGCCGGCAGUCCUCAAGGGAAGCAGACUACUAUGGAUAUCCAUGGUUUGCAGGGAACAUGGAACGCCAGCAAGCUGACAACCUUUUAAAAUCCCACAGCAGUGGGACCUACCUUAUCAGAGAGAGGACAGCGGAGGCAGAGAGGUUCGCCAUCAGCAUCAAAUUCAAUGAUGAAGUAAAACACAUCAAAGUCAUUGAAAAAGACAGCUGGAUUCACAUCACUGAGGCCAAGAAGUUUGAGAGUCUUUUGGAGCUGGUGGAGUACUAUCAGUCCCAUUCACUGAAAGAAAGCUUUAAGUUGUUAGAUACCACAUUGCGAUACCCCUACAAGUCAAGAGAACGUUCGCUAACGCGGGCCAGCACACGCUCGCCAGCAGCCACCUGCGCCUCCUACAACUUCUCCUUCCUCAGUCCGCAGGGCCUCAACUUCUCCUCCUCUCAGAGCUCAGCUCCCUUUUGGUCAGUGUUUACUCCUCGGGUGGUCAGUACAGCAGUGGCCAGGUAUAACUUUGCAGCACGAGACAUGCGAGAGCUGUCACUGCGAGAAGGGGAUAUUGUCAAAAUCUACAGCAAGAUCGGUGGAGACCAGGGCUGGUGGAAAGGAGAGGCCAACGGACGAAUUGGAUGGUUUCCCUCAACCUACGUGGAUGAAGAAGGAGUGCAGUAGAGCUUGGAUGUUUGUUGGUCUUGCUCCCUUUAAAUCAGGAACCAUCUUCUAUCUACUGUUCUCAGAGAAAAUUACUCACUCUCUCCAGGAAAAUAACAAGAUAUACAAAACAAGACUGUUUUUUUAUUUGUUUGGUUAUUUUUUGCUGGAUACUCAUUUUUCAGCGAGUGUUUCUACCCCAUUUCUCUAUCUUCAAUUAUGCAUCAGCUUUGCUCAUGUUUGUUUUGUUUGUUUUUUUUGGGGGGGGGGUUGUUUCUGGCAGGAUGUCCUGUUUAAUUUCUGUACAGGAAAGAAGAAAAAACAGGCUUGCUGUCCGUCAGCCUCUGUGCGCUCUGUAGAGGCUUUAUUGAACUGAGGACACGGCAAACAUUGACUGUGGAUAGCUUUACUUUGAAAAAGGCUCCCCUUUGUUGCAGGUCUCUAUGCGAGGUGAAAUAAUUGUACAGUAUAGAUAAUUUAUUGAAUAGAGAUUAUUAUCAUUACUAAUGAUUAUUGUGGGGAAGUUGAUUAAAGUAACAGCAAGGAAUCGGAGGAGGAAAACUAAAAUAAGAAGAAAAAGGACAGAUGCUCUGUUUUCAUGUUGAGAGAUUUUGCCUUAGUUGUCAUGGUGAUGCCUUGUGGGCUGACACCAGUGGAGGGAAUCGACUUUGUUGACUGGUUUUACUUCUCCAUGUAUGCAUGUGCCCAUGUGCGGCCCACACAAACACACACACACACACACACAAAGACCAAUGUACAGUACGGUGCCUUUGAAGAAUGGUCGUUGCUUACUGAACCUCAACAUCAGCCAGUAAAGAACAUUGCCAUCCUAAAAGACAGUUCGUCCACAUCCAGUGGACUUUACUAAAGGAGGGGGGGGGAGGCACUUCUACAACAUACCGGGACGGCUUGCCUUCUGAGCCCUCAAAAACAAGAUGGUGAAGCAUUUAACUUAUCCAAACUGGUGACUGGAUGGACAGUUGGAGGGUUUUUAUAGUCAACAGGAAUCACAUACACAGUUCACAUCAGUCUUGGCGUCAUACGUCUAUGGGUGCAAUCAGCUGGAUGCGAAAGGGAAACAGCAAGACAUUCCACUCGACUGCCACUUCACACUUUUAAAACUCUGUGUUCCUUGUUUUAUUGAUUGAUUUUUUUUUGUUGCACAGAAUCAAGAUUAUUUUUUAAUUGUUGACAACUGGACCAACAGUUGUUGUUGUCAUUUAAAGCCAAAAUCAGCCAUGUUUUAAUGUCUGCAUGGAGUUUGAUGGAUUGCUAUGAUUUUUCGUAACUUGCCUUACUUUUACAGAUGAUCAGGUGAUGGGAAGUUUCUUUUAAUGUUAAUCAUUUUCCAUAUGUGAAAUCCGUUUUGGUGCUGUGCAGACUGGUGAAAACAGUGUCAAAAGAUUUUUAAUCUGAAGGAAAACUUUGUGUGCUAAUUAACAUUAAGCCACAUCAUUUUGUGAUUUUCUAGGGGUGCAGUGCUCAGUGUUUCCAUUUACUACCAGUAAUGCCCUAGUGCCAUAAAUACUUUUACAGAUUUACAGCCAUUAGACUGCAGUGUGUUGGCAUACUGCUUUAAUCAGUUUUCUAUUGAGCGCAUAGAUGUACUGUACCAGACAACUUUCCAAUUCUAGUUACACAGAUAUUCAGAUGUUUAUUGACCCUGCCAGCUCAGCUUUCUAUAAAAGGUUAGUUCAAAUGAUGUUUACAUUUAAUUUGAUGUACAGCAUAUUGACCAUCUCUGUUUAUAUGGCUUUGCCUAUAGCCUUCAUAAAUUCCACCUGCACAUUUUAGUAUUGAGAUAUUGCUUGCAGCUUACACCAAAUUGUCUUUUCUUACGUUUUUUUUUUUCCAGAAAAAGGAAGAAAAAAAAUUUAUUAAGACUGAGGUCUUGCUUCAAAUGGUUAAAAAAUAAAUCAGUUACAUGCGUUACAUUUAGCUGAUGGUGUUCUCCAAAGCGACUUACAAUUGCUAAGUAUUUCAGAGGUCACAUGCCUCUGGAGCAACUAUGGUUUAAGUGUCUUGCUCUAGGAUACAUUGGUGGAUGUGUCACUGUGGGGAAUUGAACCCAGGUCUCUCACACCAAAGGCAUGUGUCUACUGCACCAUCACCACCCCACCCCCAGUUAUCAAAACGAUUUCAACUCACUGUCAGAGCCUUCUUGCACCCCGGGGAGAAGUAAAGUGCAAACACUGAGCACAUCAGCUCUGGCUGGUUCACAAAAACUUAUGGAGCAGAAGAUGCUGAUAUAUUUAGUUUCUAAACUUUUGACUGUCUAUGAUGUGUGUUAUUGCAAAGGCUGAUCGCCCCGAAAUACACAAAGUCCUACCACUGUGUGAGGGAGACCUCCAUGUUGUCUUAAACGAGGGGAAGGGGGGGUUCUAGUCGCUGUUUAUGUAGUGGACAAAAACCCAUUGCAUGUGGCUAUUGAUAUUUCAACUCCUGUCAGUACAUCCUCAAAAAAUAAGUACUUAAUUGUGUAAAUUUUUUGAAUGGUUGAGUAUUCCGAAAUGAGGUCUAUCAUGAAAUAAAUAUUUCUCUUUUGGUUUAAAUAUA